GUGGUUGCAAGGGUGUGCUCAACAUUGCCUCCUGAAAUCCUAGAAAGCAGAGGAGAUUCGGAGAGAUCCCCGGCAGGGAAUGGGCCACAGCAGAAAGUCACCUUUGACAUCUUCGCCGUCGUCUCCUCCACGUGGUGAAAUGAAAAGAGCCGCCAUGCAGCCCACUCAGAGUCCCGUGUCCUUUGAAGAGGUGGCUGUGCGUUUCACCCAGGAGGAGUGGACCCUGCUGCGCCCAGCCCAGAGGGCUCUCUACAAGGAAGUCAUGCUGGAGAAUUUUGGGAACGUGGCCUCUCUGGCACCUCAGAUUGCAAAACCUGACCUCAUAUCCUGGCUGGAAAAGGAGCAAGAGUUGUUUCUUCUGAGCGCUAAUGAAGAGGAGAGAUUGGCAGUGGGAGAGACAUGGAAGUCAGUGAAAGAAACGGAAAAGCAUGAGGUGAUGGAGAAAGAAGAUACAUUUCCAGAUGUGAAAGAGAAGGCUGGAUGUUAUGAAGGAGUGCAGAGGGAGGAAAGACACCACCGGCAUACAGGAAGAAAUACUUGCUGUCUUUUACAGGGUGAUGACAUUCCACUGCUUCAAAAAAGAUGCAAAGCAGAAAGCAGAAAUGAGUGCAGUAGAAGUGAAAAAAGAACAUCUGAAAAUCCCCAUAUUAAUAUGCUUUUGAAAACCGAGAAUGGAGAGAAAAUGUGUAAAUGGCCAGAGUGCCAAAAAACCUUCAGUCACGUUGGACACCUUAAUAUCCAUCAAAGAGUUCAUCUAGAGGAGAAGCCAUAUAAAUGCCCAGAGUGCGGGAAAAGGUUUGGACGGAAAGAUCAUUUAACAUCCCAUCAAAGAAUGCACACAGGGGAGAAACCUUAUAAAUGCCUGGAGUGUGGAAAAAGCUUUGGAUGGAAAGAUAACCUGAGAUCCCAUCAAAAAAUUCACACAGGGGAGAAACCCUAUAAAUGUCUGGAAUGUGGAAAAAGUUUCAGUGAGGGAGGAAAACUUACUAUCCAUAAAAGAAUGCACACAGGGGAGAAACCAUAUAAAUGCCUGGAGUGUGGAAAAAGCUUCAGUGAUAAAGGAAAGCUUACUGUCCAUCAAAGAAUUCACACAGGGGAGAAACCCUAUAAAUGCCUAAAGUGUGGGAAAAGGUUCAGUAAGAGUGGAAACCUUACUCGCCAUCAACGAAUUCACACAGGGGAGAAACCCUAUAAAUGCCUGGUGUGUGGGAAAAGCUUCAGUGAGCGAGGAAAACUUACAAUCCAUCAAAGAAUUCACACAGCAGAGCAACCAUAUAAAUGCCUGGAGUGUGGAAAAGGCUUUGGCAGGAAAAAUAGUUUAGUAUUCCAUCAGCGAAUUCACAUACGGCAGAAACGAUAUAAAUGCCAGGAGUGUGGAAAAACUUUCAGUCAGAAUGAACACCUUACUAUCCAUCAAAGAGUUCACUCAAGGGAGAAGCCAUUUAAAUACCUGGAGUGUGGAAAAAACUUUGUGAGGAAAUAUACCCAUACUGGCCGUCAAAGAAUUCACAUAGGGAAGAAAUCAUAUAAAUGCCUGGAGUGCAGAAAAAGCUUCAGUGACAGAGGAAAACUUAUACUCCAUCAACAAACUCAUAAAGGAGAGAGACCAUAUAAAUGCCUGGAGUGUAGGAAGAGCUUCAGUGAGAUCAGAAAACUUACAGUCCAUCAGAGAAUUCACACAGGGGAGAAACCAUAUAAAUGUCUAGAGUGUGGGGAAAGCUUUGCACGGAAACAUAUCUUAGUGUUCCAUCAACUAAUUCACAUAGGGGAGAAAACAUAUAAAUGCCUGGAUUGUGGAAAAAUUGUUAGUCACACUGAAGACCUCACUAUCCAUCAAAGAAUUCACACAGGGGAGAAGCCAUAUAGAUGCCUAGAGUGUGGGAAAAGCUUUGGGAGUAAAGCUAAUCUAACAUCUCAUCAAAGAUUGCACACAGAGGAGAAACCAUAUACAUGCCUAGAGUGUGGAAAAACCUUUAGAUAUAACGCUAAACUAACAUCCCAUCAAAGAAUGCACACAGGGGAGAAACCAUAUAAAUGCAUAGAGUGUGGAAAAAACUUUGGAUGGAAAGCUAACCUAACAUCCCAUCAAAGAAUGCACACAGGAGAAAAACCAUAUAAAUGCUCUGUGUGUGCGAAAAGUUUUGCGUGGAAAGAUAACCUAACUUCCCAUCAAACAAUUCACACCGGGGAGAAACCACAUAAAUGCCUAGAGUGUGGGAAAGCCUUCAGUCAGAGGGGAAAACUUACUGUUCAUCAAAGAAUUCACACAGGGGAGAAGCCAUAUAAAUGCUUGGAGUGUGGAAAAAGCUUCCGUGAGAGAGGAAAACUUACUGUCCAUCAAAGAAUUCACUCGGGGGAGAAACCAUAUAAAUGCCUGGAGUGUGGAAAGAGCUUCAGUGAGAAUGGAAGUCUCACUGUCCAUCAAAGAAUGCACACAGGGGAGAAACCAUAUAAAUGCCUGGAGUGUGGAAAAUCUUUCAGUCACAAGUGUGGGAAAAGCUUUGGGAGGAAAUAUAAACUUACUGCCCAUCAAAGAAUUCACACAGGGGAGAAGCCAUAUAAAUGCCUGGAGUGUGGAGAAAGCUUUGGAUGGAAAAAUAAGCUAAUAUCCCAUCAAAGAAUUCACACAGGAGAGAAACCAUACAAAUGUCUGGAGUGUGGGAAAAGCUUUGGUGCAAAAUACAAACUUUCUGCCCAUCAAAGAAUUCACACAGGGGAGAAACCAUAUAAAUGCUUGGAGUGUGGAAAAGGCUUCAGAGAGAGUGGAAAUCUUACUUCCCAUCAAAGAAUUCACACAGGGGAGAAACCAUAUAAAUGCCUGGAGUGUGGGAAAAGGUUUGGACGGAAAGAUAGCCUAACAUCCCAUCAAAGGAUUCAUAUAGGGGAGAAAAGAUAUAAAUGUCUGGAGUGUGGAAAAACCUUCAGUCAUAGUGGACACCUUACUAACCAUCAAAGAAUUCACACUGGUGAGAAGCCUUAUAAAUGCCCAGAAUGUGGGAAAAGCUUUGGACGGAAAGAUAAUUUAAUGUCCCAUCAGAGAAUUCACACAGGUGAGAAACCAUAUAAAUGCCCAGACUGUGGGAAAAGGUUUGGAUGGAAAAACAAUCUAACAUCUCAUCAAAGAAUUCACACAGGAGAAAAACCAUAUAAAUGCCUGGAGUGUGGAAAGAGAUUUAGUGAGAGCGGAAGCCUUACUUCCCAUCAAGCGAUUCAUACAGGGGAGAAACCAUAUAAAUGCCUGGAGUGUGGGAAAACGUUCAGUCAGAGUGGAGGCCUUACUUGCCAUCAAAGAAUUCACUCAGGUGUGAAACCAUAUAGAUGUUUGGAGUGUGGAAAAAGCUUCAGUCAGUGUGGAGGCCUUUCUUCUCAUCAAAAAAUUCACAUAGGUGAAAAAAAAUAUAAAUGCUUGGAGUGUGGAAAAUGUUUCAGUCGGAAUGGACAUCUUACUUACCAUGAAAGCAUUCACAUAGGGCAAAAACCAUAUAAAUGCCUGGAGUGUAGUAAAAGCUUCAACCACAGUGUAAGCCUUAUUAUCCAUCAAAGCAUUCAUAUGGAAGAGAAGCCAUAUAAAUGCCUGGAGUGUGGAAAAAGCUUUGGACGGAAAGAUAAUUUUAUGUCCCAUCAAAGAAUUCACACAGGGGAGAAACCAUAUAAAUGCCCAGAGUGUGGGAAAAGCUUUGGAUGGAAAGAUAACCUAACAUCCCAUCAAAGAAUUCACACAGGGGAAAAACCAUAUAAAUGUCUAGAGUGUGGAAAAAACUUCAGUCAGAGUGGAAGCCUUACUUAUCAUCAGAGAAUUCACACAAGGGAUAAAAAAAUAUAAAUAACUCGAGUGUGGCAAAACUUCCCAUCAAAAUUCACACCUUCCUCCCCCCUCUUCAAAUUCACAUAAAAGAAAAAAAAUAUAAAAGCCAGGAGUGGGGAAAGCUUUAGGUGGACUGAUAAUCUAAUAUCCCCGGAAAGAAUUCACAUUGGGUUGAAAAAAUAUAAAUGAUUGGAGUGUGGAGAAUGCUUCAGUAGGAGUGUAAACCUUACUUAUUAAACAAUUCACACAGGGAAAAACCACCAUAGAUAUAUUCGAAGUGUGGAAAGAAAAUUGGGCAA